AAAUAAAAAUAUUUAUAUCUUUGGCGAAAAUGUGAAGAGCAAACGCCAUGAAAAGGAAAGGUGAUGAGAUAUAGUAAAACAGUGGCUAGUGCGAAGGAGCUCCGAUAUAACUGAAUAUAAAGGUGAUGAUGAUGAUGAUGAUGAUACGAAGGGUCUCAACAACCUCAUCUCCCUCGGCCACAGCAUUCGGAUCAUUUAUGAAAUGGUCCUUCAAAUCUUCUCAUUUUCACGGCGAGUCCCUCGAUUCCUCCGUAUCUCCCCUUCUCAUCCCGGGCGUCCACGUCUUCCAUUGUCCGGAUGUGGUCGGGAUUGUAGCGAAACUAUCAGAUUGUAUUGCUGCAAAAGGAGGCAACAUUCUUGGUUACGAUGUGUUUGUUCCUGAGAACAAGAACGUCUUCUACUCUCGAAGCGAGUUUAUUUUUGAUCCAGUUAAAUGGCCAAGGAGUCAGAUGGGUGAAGAUUUCGAAACUAUUGCCAGAAAAUUCAAUGCUAUGAGCUCGGUUGUACGAGUGCCCUCUUUAGACCCCAAGUACAAGAUUGCUCUUUUACUCUCAAAACAGGAUCAUUGUCUGGUUGAAAUGUUACAUAAAUGGCAGGACGGGAAACUUCCCGUCGAUAUAACAUGUGUCAUUAGUAAUCAUGAAAGAGCUCCAAACACACACAUUAUGCGCUUUCUCCAGAGGCAUGGCAUCUCUUAUCAUUAUUUGCCAACAACCGAUCAGAACAAGAUAGAGGAGGAGAUUUUGGAGUUGGUCAAGGAUACUGAUUUUAUAGUUCUCGCUAGAUACAUGCAGGUACUGUCUGGUAACUUCUUGAAAGGUUAUGGAAAAGAUGUUAUCAACAUACAUCAUGGCCUCUUACCAUCAUUCAAGGGGAGAAGCCCCGCAAAACAGGCAUUUGAUGCAGGUGUGAAGCUAAUCGGUGCAACGACUCACUUUGUUACAGAGGAACUUGAUUCAGGUCCUAUCAUUGAACAAAUGGUUGAGAGAGUUUCCCACAGAGACAACUUGAGGAGCUUUGUCCAAAAAUCAGAGGACCUCGAGAAGAAGUGCCUAAUGAAAGCUAUAAAAUCUUACUGCGAACUGCGAAUAUUGCCUUAUGGUACAUAUAAGACUGUAGUAUUCUGAUACGCUCAACAUCAAAAGCUCUCACAUGAUUUCUUCAUAUGAACCACAUACAAGCAAGGUCAUACAUACCAUACCACUCUUAAGAUUUCUGAUUUUUCAUAGAUUACACGUCCAUUGUCUUGUCUUAGCAUAUCAGAAACUAUUUCACUGGAAAUAAAAGGUUUUAACUCA